AUGAUCGUGUACUGCUCGGCCGAGCACCGCCUCGAGGACGCGGCGCGCCACGGCCAGCUGUGCGCCGUGCUAACGAGGCUCUGCCGGGACACGGACAGCCUCGCCCUGGCCAAGGACCUCGGGCCCGAGGAGUACCGGAGCUUCCGCGUGGGGCUGCUGUCGGUGGCGGAGGCCGCGCUCUGCCGGCCGAUGGAGCCGUGGGAGCGCGAGGUCCUCCUCUACCCGCGGCUGUGCCGGCUCUGCCACGGCUCGCCGCCCCUGGAGUGCUGCCCCGCCUGUGGGAUGGAGUUUUUCUGCCCGGGCCACGGAGCCAGCCACGGGGCCCACUGCGACCAGCUGCGCGUCUUCAGGGGUGUACUCGAGGCCCAGGCGGAGCGAGGAUUCGAGGCGCCCAGGAUACCGGAUCUGGUGGUGGCCGUGGGCGGCGAUGGGCUACCGGGGGACUUUGACGCGCUGAUGGGGGAGGUUUUCGCGCCCUGCGACUACGAGAGGAUGGACUGUUGCUCGUACGCCGCGCUGUCGCAAGCCGCCAGUCCGGCGCUCACGGCUUUUCACGGGCUGAGGUGCUUGGCCGGACUGGACCCGGCUGGACGAGGCGCCCUGAGAGGCGAGUCUUUAACGAUUCACGUGAUCGGCGCGGAGCUGCAGUUCGAGUGCGCGAACCUCUCGGUCUGGGAAAAGCUGUUUUUACACUUGCUGCCGAGCCUCCGUAAUCUCAGGCUGGAAUUUUGCGGUCCUGAGCUACAGGUGCCCCCGGACAUUGCUGAGAUUCUCCGGCAUCCGAGGUUGUGCGCCAACUGUCGAACUAAGAAACGCAAGAUCGACGUUGCCUUCCACUGCAACAAACUUUACCAUCAAAUUGAAACCGGGAGACCUGACAUGGUCUGCUUGUUCAAUCCGGGAUUAUAUAGGACGACUGGAUUUGCUAAUCAGGACACGUGGCCCCAGACGAUCGAAAAGUUCUGCGACUACGGAGUACCCGUGCUGGUGACCUCGUACACGGAGAUGGAGUUGCCGCACGACUUGGUGCGCAUUCGCGAGUACCGUAAUUUAAAAAUCGAGUUGGAGCCUAGGAGGAACCCAUUCGCCUCGCAAAAACCGGAACGCAACUUUGUCAGUGACGAUGUGACUCCUCUCAUCUACAAGAACUACUUCUUUAGCCUAAUCAGGGGAGUCCCUGGAAACGAGCACACGAGUGCCGAUUCGAACUGAUUUUACUAUUUUAAGUCUGGUAUAAAUGUGGG